UUUCGGCUUAAUAAAAAAUAGAACGUAGGACACUCCAAAACAGGAACUUGCGGAACCAUGCCACCGUCGGACCCGAACGAGACCAACUGGAUCGUCCAAAUCAACGAGAGCCUCAAGUGCAUGCCCACCGACGAGCUACAGUACUGGAAGAAGCGGUCCAUCUACAGGGUCCCCGCCUGUGUCACCGACCUCAACCGCAAGGCCUUCCAGCCGCAGGCUGUCUCCUUCGGCCCCUACCACCACGGCAAGACCCACCUCCGCACCGUGGAGGACCAUAAGCACCGCGCGCUUCUCCACUUCCUCAGACGGUCUGGGAAGCCUCUCGAUCCCUUCCUUAAGUCCCUGAGGGAAGUGGCCCGAGACCUCGAGGAGAGCUAUGACACACUGGACCUGGAGUGGAAGGAGGGCGGCGGUGAUGGCGAGGCAAACCGGUUCCUGAAGGUGAUGAUCACUGACGGAUGCUUCAUGCUUGAGAUCCUGAGGAGCGCGACACAGGUGGUGGAUGACUAUGAGCCUGACGACCCCAUAUUGUACACCCACAGGAUGCUUUCCAUAAUGCCAUACAUAUGGCCAGACAUGCUGAUGCUAGAGAAUCAGCUGCCAAUGCUAGUGCUGGAUCGGCUGGUCGCCGUCGAGAGUGAUGGCAAGGAGGAUGACGAAUACGUCAACAGGCUCAUCCUCAAUUACUGCUUCACUGGCAAGCGCACGGUGAGGAUAGGCAAAUGCCUGCACGUCCUGGACGUUGUCAGGAAGAGCCUACUACUCCAUGAGAAGCCGAAGCUGGACAAGGUGGGGUGUGAGGGCCUUCUGUUAGUCCAGUCGGCCACUGAGCUCAAGGAGCAUGGGAUCCAGCUCAAGAAGAGCAACACUGGCAGCCUCACAGACAUCUCCUUCGCUGGCGGGGUUCUGAGUCUCCCUGAAAUCGUGGUGGAAGAAGCAACUGAGUCCAUGUUCCUCAACCUCAUCGCGUUUGAGCGCUUCCAUGUCGGGACGGGGAACGAGGUCACGUCCUACAUCUACUUCAUGGACUACAUCAUCGCCAAUGAGUGCGACGUCACGCUUCUCCACACCUUGGGCAUAGUCCUGAAUGUCCUGGGGAGCGACAAGGAGACUACCAAGCUGUUCCCUUUGCUGGCCAAGUACACAACAAUUGAACCCAACAGCAGUCUCAUUGCUGUGUGCAAUGAGGUCAACGAGUACUGCAACAAGCCCUGGAACAAGUGGAGGGCUAAUCUCAUUCAGACCUACUUCAGGAGUCCUUGGGCUUUAUUGUCUCUGGUCGCGGCUAUCUUCCUCUUCGCAGUCACUAUAAUUCAGACCACAUAUACCGUGCUCAGCUAUUGAACCCACAAUUUGCCUCUCUAUCUCUCCUCAACUAUGUCAAGAAUGGCGAUGGCUGAAGAAAAACAUGAACGUGGGAAUGCAAGCAAGCAUCAGCUAAAGAAAUAGUAAGCAGAAGCCAAGUUGGGGAAGACUUAGGUGGGAAACAUUGAAAAAAAGUAAACAAGAGUUGAGGCAUCCCCGUGAAGAAGGAAGUUGCCUUACACAUGUCAAAAAAAGUGGCUCGAUUAUUUUAAAGAGCCUAUAAAUAGAGCCUACGUAUGCUAGGUCGUGUGUGUGGGGUUUAGCCCUCGACCAAGUCUGCGGAGGAGUAAGCUCAAUAUACAUAUCCU